GUUUAACCGCUAGUGUGCUUAUUCGUGUCGAUCGCAAAACAAAAACAAAAUGGCAUACGAGAAACCGAUACCAGAUCAUCGUCGGAAGUGGGAUACAGAGGAAUAUGAGAAGAUUGUUGCAGCCCGCUUGGAGGAGGAGGAGAAGAAGGCCUUGGAAAAGGAGCUCUCCAAGCUCGACCCACCAGUGAGGAGAGAAAUGCUAAAGCCCAGAGAAUACAAGGUUGAUCUUGAUUCCAAACUGGGAAAAUCUCAAGUCAUCACAAAAACUACUCCAGCUAGUCAGCAGGGCGGGUACUACUGCAAUGUAUGCGACUGUGUGGUCAAGGAUUCUAUUAACUUUCUAGACCACAUCAAUGGAAAAAAGCAUCAGCGUAACCUUGGUAUGUCCAUGAAAGUGGAGAGGUCUUCACUGGAGCAGGUCAGAAAGAGAUUUGAGAUGAACAAGAAGAAGAUGGAUGAAAAAAAGAAGGAAUACGACUUUGAGGAGCGAAUAAAGGAACUCAAAGAGGAGGAAGAAAAACAGAAAGCGUACAAGAAGGAAAAACGAAAAGAGCGGAAGAGGAAAGCAGACGGUGAUCUAGAUGAGGACCUUGAUCCAGAUAUGGCCGCCAUGAUGGGAUUCUCGGGUUUUGGAAGCUCAAAGAAAUCCUAGCUGUGGAAGGGACAUGUUUGUGUGGAAGCUGUGGAUAGUUGAUGUGUGGACUUUUAAAUGGAUGGUUUUCAUAAACAUGUAUUUCAAUUAGGGGUUCUGUCUGUUGAUUUUUCUAAGGAAGAUCUAAAACUUGUGUUAGUUGUUUCCUGAAGGGUUGCACAUAUGAGCUUUAAUUUUUUUUUUCCUUAGUCAGUUAACCCAAAAUGACACUUCUUGUCUUACAUAAAGCGUUGAAACAUGCACGAAUGAGGUCUUUGAUCACUAUCAACGCAUCCACAUCACCUGACCUCAUUUUGUUCUUCACCUUGACAUACUUUUGGUUUUGACCUAUUAAGAUUCAAACUCAUGUUUAACCCAAAAGUUGUUCAACAUCAAUGCUAUUGACUACAAAGCUUUCAUAUUUGCAAGUUAUCCAUCUGGAACGAUCUCAGAACACCCACAUCACCAGACCUCAUGUUGACAUUGGCCUUGACCUAUUUUUGGCAAGGACUUAUUUAGAAGGUACAAAUUCUGGGUUAACCCUUAUUAACCGUUUGCUUAACAGCAAUACUUCUUUCUAAAAAGCUUAUAAUUAUGCUUCAAUUAAACUCUCAGUACACACGAAUCACCUGGCCACAUUUUGAGCUACAACUUUCAGUACACACGAAUCACCUGGCCACAUUUUGAGCUACAUCUCUCAGUACACACGAAUCACCUGGCCACAUUUUGAGCUACAUCUCUCAGUACACAAGAAUCACCUGGCCACAUUUUGAGCUACAUCUCUCAGUACACACGAAUCACCUGGCCACAUUUUGAGCUUCAUCUCUCAGUACACACGAAUCACCUGGCCACAUUUUGAGCUACAUCUCUCAGUACACACGAAUCACCUGGCCACAUUUUGAGCUACAUCUCUCAGUACACACGAAUCACCUGGCCACAUUUUGAGCUACAUCUCUCAGUACACAUGAAUCACCUGGCAACAUUUUGAGCUACAUUUGGGCUUACUCAAAUGGUCCAAUGAAUCAGUACUGACAAGACUUAUACCAGUGAAAUAUGUGUCUAUUGAAUGCAUAUUUUUCCAGAGUUGUAAACACUUAUGAAUAGUUAACAUUUAAAGAAAUAAUACUAUCUCUGAGUCUAUAUCUAAUGACAUUCAUUAAUAAAGGCGUUUAGUUAAACGCAAUGAAAAGGCCCUUGCCUUAUGGAAUUAUAAUGAAAUAAAGAAAUGUGUCACAUGCAGAAUAUUUGAUCUGAAUUUUAGAAAUGCUGUACAUACAGAUGCGUUUUAUAUAUUUAUAAAACACCGGUACACCAGGGAUAGUAAGAGAUAUUAACAUUGAACUCAAAAUGACCAUUUUUAGCUCUACUGGCCGAAGGCCUGAAGAGCCUAUGUCAUGGCGUGGUUUCCGUCGUCCGUCCGUGCAUUAGACUUUUUCUUGUUUACGCGACAAAAGUCCACAGUUUUCAUCCGAUUCUUUUCAAACUUGUUCAGUGUCUUUAUAUUAAUGAGGACUCAAACCCUAUUGAAAAUGGGUUACAUCAGAGUAAAAAGUCCAGAAUUAUCUUCCCUUGAAUUUGAGAAAAUUGUGAAAUAAGGCUUGUUUACGCAAUAUAGUCCACAGUUUUCAUCCAAUCAUUUCCCAACUUGCACAGUGUCUUUAUCUAAAUGAUGAGUCAAACCCUAUUGAAAAUGAGCAAUAUCUGAAUUAUAAGUCCAGAAUUAUCUCCCCUUGAAUUUGAGAAAAAAAAGUAAAUCUUUAACAUUUUGCCAUAACUUUUUCAAUAUUGAAGAUAGUUACUUCAUAUUUGGCAUGCAUGUGUAUCUUGUGGAGCUGCACAUUUUGAGUGGUGAAAGGUCAAGGUCAUCCUUCAAGGUCAAAGGUAAAAAAUAAAUAAUUCAAAGCGGCACAGAAGGGGACAUAGUGUUUCUGACAAACACAUUUCUUGUUUGUUUACAUAUAAAGUUCUAUACUUUUGAAACUUCAACGGAUGUUUUAUAUCAUCAAGGGCCAGAACCCCAUUUAGAGUGAAGAAAAUUUGUCCAACUUAUUGUUGAAAAGGAGCCAUUUGAAGUUUAAAUUUUACGUUUCUUCUUGUUUAUGCGAUAAAUUUCCCAUUUUUGUUUAUUUAAAACUUACUCAGAUUGUUCAUACAAUCAAGGGCUUGAGCCCUAUUGAUUCCAGCUAGUAGAGCGAUUCAGGCCCUCAUGGGCCUCUUGUUAAUAUAUGUUACUGCAAUCAGUUUUAAACACAUUGUAAUGAUGAACUGUUGCUAUUAACCUUAUGUAUCCGUUCUGUUUUAUUUUCCCUAAUACUCAAUGAAAAAAUGCAUUUGUAGAAAGUUUUUAAAAUGAUAAAAGUUUUGUUUAUGUCAAACGUAGUUGAAUAAGUCACUUAUAAAAAGAUGAAACAAUAAAAUAUAAAGAUAACUUGGUAUGAAAAUAUUGCCAACAAUUGAUCUCUAAUAAUAGUCUGUUAGUUUUAGUAAGAAGCCAAGAAUGUGUACAAAUUCAAACUAUAUUUGAGUGAAUAAAAUAAAAUGGUUACAUAUUUUCUGAUUGCGAAAUUUAUAAAGAACUUUUAACCUCUUUAAACCUAUAAAUAUAAGUUAUAAGUCAGCUAUUAUCAAUAAUAAUGUGAUUGUAAUUAAAUGUUCUGUAAAUAAAUGUUUUUAUGAUGAAAUGUGUUUGUAGGCAGCAUUUUAUACAUAAGAAAUGUAAUUAAAUGGUAAAGGCACUGCUUAUAGCAUAA